AUGGGACAAGCAGAUGAAACUGUACCGUCCCCAACAGGAAACAGAGAUGAAGCUAUCGCCAUAGUAGGUGAAGAGCAACAUGUUAUUGAUCCCAUCGUCGCCGCGCGCGCAGUCAGAAAGAUUGACAUAUUCCUCAUUCCCGCCAUGAUCAUCGGCUAUGGUCUCGUAUACUACGACAAAGCCAUUCUCGGCUCAGCUGUCCUCUUCGGCAUGACAACAGAUCUCGACCUUACAGUUGUAGACACCUCAACUACACCACCAACCGUCGACACGCGACGUCUCAGCUGGGCUACGUCGCUCUUCUACUUUGGCAUGUUGGCGGGCUUAUAUCCCAUGACAUUUGCUCUACAGCGCUUCGACAUAGGCCGUGUGCUCGGUGGUGUAGUCGUCGUCUGGGCUGCUAUAUGCAUGCUCACAGCCGCAGUAACAUCCUAUCAAGGUCUCUACGUACAACGUUUCUUCCUCGGAUUCGUCGAAAGCAUCAUUCCCACUGGUUUCAUGUGUAUCGUCUCUGGCUAUUACACCCAAGCAGAGCAGUCUUUGAGACAGAGCUGGUGGUUCUCGUCAACCGGGAUAUUUACUAUCAUUGGCGGAGCUCUCAACUAUGGCUUUGCACAGAUCACGGGUGGUGGUUUGAAGAGAUGGCAGUACAUCUACCUCCUUGCAGGAUCACUAACAUUCUUGUUUGGACUUUUCUGCUUCGUUAUGCCGAAUUCGCCCGUCUCAGCGUGGUUUCUCACUUCAGAGGAGAAAUUUGCUGCCGUGGAGCGCUUGAGGCAUGGACAGACUGGUGUACGAUGUACAAAGUUCAAAGGAUCGCAACUAAAAGAAGCCCUCCUUGAUGUCAAGAUCUGGCUCAUCGCUCUCAUGAUGGCUUCAGCAUACACCGUUAACGGGGCAGUUAGUGGCUUCGGGCCUCUUAUUGUUUCAACGUUUGGCUGGAGCACGCUUCACUCUAUUCUUUUUCAGUUCCCCCUCGGUGGACUAUGCUUCAUCGUCAUUCUCCUGACGGGCUGGCUGGGAUCCAAGUUCAACAAUAUCCGCAUCUUCAUGCUCAUCUUUACAUGCCUACCUGUAAUUGCAGGUUGCGCUAUCAUCUGGAAGAGCGAGUGGUCGUAUCGAGCUGCUGCGCCGGUGGUGGGAUAUUCAAUCACUGGGUUUUUUGGCGGCACGGUUAGUCUCAUCAUUACGAUUGGCAUGUCCAACGUCGCAGGUCAUACCAAGAAGAGUUUCAUGGCGGCUACGAUCUUUGUAGCGUACUGUGUUGGGAACAUUGUCGGUCCUCAACUUGUUUGGAGUCAGACCAAGAAAGAUCAUUAUCCUGCUCUGUGGUUGGGUUUGAUCAUCUGCUAUAUCAUCUGUAUUCUUGCAUCGACCACACUGUACUUUGUACUCCGUAACGAGAACAGGAGGAGAGAUUCGCUUGGCUUGGGAGAUGAGAGCGAGCGAGCCAAGUUGGCUUUCCAGGACUUGACGGACAAGGAAAACCCUUACUUUCGUUAUGUUUACUAG